GCACGUACCACACCUGACAUCACCAACCUACCUUAUCUGUUGCCUUCCUCUGCGAACCCCUUAAAUCCUUCCUCUCCUCCUCUCCUCCUCAACCUUCCCAAAGAUCUCAUCACGAAGCAUUCCUACACUUCCUCUUCUAAUGGCAGCUUCUUGUCUCUCCAUGGCUGCUACUUCAUCCUCAUCUCCUUCUUCAUCUUUGCUUCACCCCUGCAACAUUCUCUCCUUUGACCAUUUCUUCUGCUCCCCCGUUUCGAUCUCCGCCGCCCACUUCCCAUUAAAACCCAAACCCAAAACCCUCAAGCUCAAUAAUGCUCAAAUCCCUCGCUUCCCUCUUCUCUCCCUCUCCAACCGCUCCACUCCGCGUAGUUCUUCGGCCGCUUUCCACAGCUUGGAGGUUGAAGAAGACAACAAAAUCGCAGAGGUACAAGAACCAGUGGAGCCAGAAGAUGAAGGAGAACGAGAGGAAGAACAGAAGAAGCCGCCGCAGUCGCGUGAUGCUUCGAGGCUGUUCGUAGGGAAUUUACCAUUUUCUAUGACUUCUUCACAAUUGGCCGAGAUCUUUGGCCAGGCUGGUCGAGUGGACUCCGUGGAGAUUGUCUAUGAUCGAGUCACAAACAGGAGCAGAGGAUUUGCAUUCGUUUCGAUGGGCAGCGUCGAAGAAGCUCAGGCGGCAAUUAGGAUGUUCGAGGGAUCUCAAAUUGGAGGCCGAACUGCUAAGGUGAAUUUCCCAGAAGUGCCAAGGGGAGGUGAAAGGGAAGUCAUGGGGCCAAGGAUGCGGAACAACAGUCCUGGCUUUAUAGACAGCCCCCACAAAAUCUAUGCAGGGAACCUGAGUUGGUCCCUCACUUCCCAAGGACUUAGAGAGGCAUUUGCACACCAGCCGGGGUUCAUGGGCGCUAGGGUCAUCUUUGAGAGGGACUCAGGAAGGUCACGAGGUUUUGGAUUUGUCUGUUUUGAAUCUGCUGAGGAUGUGGAAUCUGCUCUUAAGGCAAUGAGCGGGGUGGAGAUUGAAGGGCGACCUUUGCGAUUAAAUAUGGCUGGGGAGAGACCUGCUCCUGCUCCACCUGCACCAGAAAGUACAGAAAAUGGUGUUGACAGCAGUGAAUUGCUUUCUAGCGUCAGUGGCUAGGUAGGGAAAAAUAUGCGAGCAGAUGGGAUGUUGGUAUGUGGCCUUGAGGAGAAUACGGGGAGCACUGGCAAAGUGGGAAUGAAUCAUUUCAACUUCCUAACCUGGACCUGCACAGCUGCACUUGCUAUUAUUUUGAUUCAGUAUGCUCAUCCCCUAUUUUUUUUUUCCGUAUAUGGUUUGUUUUGAUCAAAGGGCAAUAGUGGAUGGUAAAAGAGUGACCAUACGAAUAGUCUAUGUUGUAAUUGUUGCAGUCUGUUGGUUCACUGAAGUAAUUUCCCUUGUCAUUUCUUUUGAAAUGUAUAUUCUUACAAUGGGUGAUGUUCCACGAGACAAUCUGCUAACAGAGAUGACCGCAAAAGGAAGCUCCUUUUUGGACCCUGCAAAGGGUGCCUGAUUAUCCUUUACAGAGUAUCCUUUACAGAGUAUGAAAAAACAAAAAGAAAAUAAAUGCAGCACUGUUACAACUGCAA